AUGGCAAAGAAAGAGAUGGGAGUCGUGAAGGGACUCUUCCUUUUUAGAUACUCGGGACGUUGGUACGAGAUCGCCGCCUUCUCGUCGUUCUUUGAGGCCAGGAAUGCCGUGGACACGAGGGCCACAUACACUCUGAAGGAGGAUGGGACCUUGGAUGUGUUGAACGAGGGCUGGGUCAAUGGCAAGAGGGAGUACAUUAGGGGCACUGCCUACAAGGCUGACCCGAGCAGCAACGAGGCCAAGCUCAAAGUGAAAUUCUAUGUGCCUUCGUUCUUUGCCAUCUUCCCCGCGAUUGGGGACUACUGGGUCUUGUACAUUGAUGCUGAUUAUCAACAUGCUGUCGUUGGUCAGCCCAGCAGGAAGUAUCUUUGGAUUAUAAGCAGAAAGAGUCAUAUAGAUGAUAAAAUCUAUAAUCAGCUGGUUCAGAAGGCUGUUGAUGAAGGGUAUGAUGUGAGCAAGCUCCACAAAACUCCACAGAGUGACGCACAUCCGCCGCUAUAAGAAGGAUCCAAGGAGGACGGCAAAGCCAUUUGGUGGAUCAAGUCCGUCCUAGGGAAAUUGGGAAACUUAACUUUUACAGCAGCUUGAUGAAGAUGAUGUUGAAAUUAUAUGCUGUC